AUGGGAAACAGUGAGAAUAAGGACGGUUCUGAGUCAGCCAAUCCCCACGGUAAGGAUGAACACCACAACUCUGUGGGAGAGUACAUCAAGUCAGCUGUUUAUGGUGGACUCGAUGGGCUUUGCACCACCCUCAUCAUCGCCAUUUCCUCUGUUGGAUCCGGCGGUACCCCCAGCACGGUUUUAGCUCUUGGAAUAGCCUCCAUGAUCGGUGACGGGCUCGGCAUGGCCGUAGCAGAUUAUCUCGGCACGAAGAGUGAUGAUGAGUAUAUGUUGCAGGAGGAAGCUAGGGAGAGGAGGGAAAUUGAAAAUGACUUGGAGGCGGAAAAAGCGGAGAUGGUACACCUCUACAACGAAAUGGGACUGGAGCCAGCUGUAUCUGAGGAGAUCGUGCAAUUUUGA